UUAAAUAUGGUUCUUACGGUUGGCGGGGUGGUCCUAGGUUCUUGGGUUAAGAACUCCUGCUAGGGACUGUGGAAUGGAGAUGAGUACAUGAAAAGAAUGGACAGAUCAAGGACUGUAGUCACCAAUCCACUACGAAAACAAGAGGAUGGCCCUGAAAUGAGAAUUUGGUCUAGAGCCUAAACACAUCCUGGGAAAGGAUUUUUUUUUCUGACAUUCAAUAUUAUUUUAUAUUAGUUUCAGGUGUACGCCAUAGUGGUUAGACAUUUCUAUAACUGAUCCCCCUGAUUAGAACAGUACCCACGGGCACCAUACACAGUCACUACAAUAUUACUGACUAUAUUCCCUGUGCUGUACUUUUAAUCCCCAUGACUGUUUUGAAGGGAGCAGGAAAGACUUUCUUAAGAACAAGAAUGGGCAGAAGGUGAGGAGGAAGGCCACACGGGUGGGUCCUCUCCCACUUUGCAGUGUGGUCACCCACAUACAAACGGGCGCAUGUUUCUUUGCAGGGCCCAGAAAAUCAAGGAAGAAUGUCGAGUGAUGAUCAGAAUAAACCUAGUGAACCCAAGAGCGAGCCCAAGAGCUGUGACCCCAGCUGUGAACCGAAGUGUGAGGCCAAAUGCCAGCCCAGCUGUUUAAAGAAGCUGCUGCAACGGUGCUCGGAAAAGUGCCCACGGGAAAAGUGCCCGGCACCACCGAAGUGCCCCCCAUGCCCCCCUCCAGGCCCCCGGCCAUGCACUCCGUGCCCUCCAUGCCCUGCGCUGUGCCCGUGCCCUGCGCCGUGCCCAUGCCCGGCUCCCAAACCCUGCAUCAAACCCUGUCCUCCUAAAUGCCCACCGCCCUGCCCACCCCCAGAGUGA